AUGACGCGCUGUAUCGAAUACCUAUACGAAAACGGCCUACUUCAAAGAACACCAGAGGACGUAGCACAGUUUCUUCACAAAGGCGAGGGGCUAAGCAAAACGGCAAUCGGAGAUUACCUCGGCGAGCGGUCGGAAUUCAACGAGGCUGUUCUCCGGGCAUUCGUGGAACUCCAUGACUUUACGGAUCUCAUUCUUGUACAGGCGCUUAGACAAUUCCUAUGGAGCUUCCGCCUACCAGGCGAAGCGCAAAAAAUCGAUAGAAUGAUGGAAUGUUUCGCACAACGUUACUGCCAAUUGAACCCAGAUAUCUUUACAAAUGCUGACACGUGUUACGUGUUGAGUUUCGCGAUUAUCAUGCUGAAUACAUCGUUGCACAACCCUAGUGUUAAGGACAAACCAACGCCAGAACAGUUCGUCGCCAUGAACCGUGGUAUCAAUAAUGGCGGGGAUCUUCCUCAGGAGUUGCUCCUGUCACUAUACGAAUCUAUAAAGACGGAGCCCUUCAAGAUUCCCGAGGACGACGGUAACGAUCUCAUGCAUACCUUCUUCAAUCCCGACAAAGAGGGCUGGUUGUGGAAGCAAGGUGGCAGAUACAAGUCGUGGAAGAGACGGUGGUUUAUUCUCAAUGAUAACUGCCUGUACUACUUCGAGUACACGACGGACAAGGAGCCCAGGGGCAUCAUUCCACUUGAAAACAUAUCCGUGCGUCCUGCGAGUGACCGGCAACGACCUCACUGUCUGGAGCUGUACGCCAGCGGUGGCGCUGACCUAAUUAAGGCCUGCAAAACCGACUCCGAAGGGAAGGUUGUUGAAGGAAAACAUACCGUUUAUAGAAUGUCGGCAGCAACUGUGGAAGAACGAGAUGAAUGGAUAGAAUGCCUACGUCGCUCUAUAAGCCACAACCCGUUCUAUGACAUGCUCGCGCAGCGUAAAAAGAAAGCACAACACAACUCUCAUUCUAGCUCACAUUAGUCACUGGUUACAGUCUCACUUAUUACUAAACAUAUACCUAAAUACAGGAUUCAUCUGAAAACGGAAUUGAAUCCCUGUAGAUGUAUCGAAAGUCUAAUUAUAUGCCGCACGGCUUACCUUCUGUGGAACGAAUAAGCGAGAUUAUACAGGGUUAUUUAUAAAAUAUUAACAACCUCGCAGGACUAUAUAACUAACGUCAUAAACAACAACUUCGUUCUAUGACUUUUAAUUAUUAAUCAGAUUUUGCAUAAAAAUAUUUAAUAUUUUAAA